AUGGUUCAUCUCGCGACUAUUCCUAACGAUGAUGUGGUUAACAAACCCCUCGUCGAGGGAAUGGAGAAGUUGGAGAUGGCAGAGAAUCAGAUGGAAGAUCAGUUCACGACAAGUGUCUACGGUUCCAAGUUUGCCGCGAGGGAUCUGCCGAAGCAUGAGAUGCCUGAAGGCGAGAUGCCAAAGGAGGUUGCCUAUCGAAUGAUUAAGGAUGAUCUUUCUCUUGAUGGUAACCCGAUGCUUAAGUACUGAUCUUUUCCCGGAUUUUUGAGGAAAAUGAGAGAGUUGUACUGACUGAUGGUGAAGUUUGGCGUCGUUUGUUACGACUUAUAUGGUAUGUUGAGUUGGUGGUUGGUCAGAGUCACGACAGCUAAUUUUCUGUAGGAAAAAGAAGUUGAAGACUUGAUGGUGCGUUUACUUGGCAGCUUUUCUGAGAAGUUCAUUUCUAUCUCAUGUGCAAACCACUGACAAUAUCACACAGACCGAGUCCUUCUCCAAAAACUUCAUCGACUAUGAAGAGUAUCCCCAAUCCGCCGACAUCCAAAACCGCUGCGUAUCCAUGAUCGGACGUCUUUUCAAUGCCCCCGUACACGAUGACGAUUCUGCCUCGGUAGGUACAUCAUGUGUUGGCUCAAGCGAGGCCAUCAUGCUGGGAGUCCUGGCAAUGAAGAAGCGAUGGCAGAAUGCGCGUAAGGCAGCUGGCAAGCCAUACGACAACCCGAAUAUCGUCAUGUCCUCUGCCGUCCAGGUCUGUUGGGAGAAAGCUGCUAGAUACUUCGAAGUCGAGGAGAAAUAUGUUUAUUGCACACCCGAAAGAUUUGUUAUCGACCCAGUUGAGACAGUGGAGUUGGUGGAUGAGAAUACGAUUGGUAUUUGUGUUAUUCUGGGAACGACAUACACUGGAGAAUAUGAGGAUGUUAAGGCUGUCAAUGAUUUGCUUCUUGAGAGGAACAUUGAUACAGUCAUUCAUGUCGAUGCUGCUAGUGGUGGUUUCGUUGCUCCUUUUGUUGUUCCGGAGUUGGAGUGGGAUUUCAGACUGGAAAAGGUGGUUUCAAUCAACACUUCUGGCCAUAAGUAUGUUUUGUUCUCUGGUAUCCAUUGAGAGAAUCAGUUGCUAAUCAUGAGGUAGAUAUGGUCUGGUAUAUCCGGGUGUGGGUUGGGUCAUUUGGAGAGCUCCAGAAUACCUUCCCAAAGAACUUGUCUUCAACAUCAACUACCUUGGUGCUGAUCAAUCUUCUUUCACUCUCAACUUCUCCAAGGUACAUCAUCACUUUUCCCCCCGUUCUUUCCAAAUUCAUACUAACCUAUUCAAAUAGGGAGCUUCUCAGGUCAUUGGACAAUACUACCAACUCAUUCGCCUUGGCAAAAAGGGUUACCGCUCCAUCAUGACCAACCUCACCCGAACAGCCGACUACCUCUCCUCCUCCCUUUCCCAACUGGGCUUCAUCAUCAUGUCUGAAACCCAAGGAAAAGGUCUCCCCCUCGUAGCCUUCCGUCUCGACCCCACCAAGAAGAAGCACUACGACGAAUUCGCACUCGCACACCAACUCCGUUCGCGCUCCUGGGUCGUCCCGGCGUACACCAUGGCACCUCACACCGAGAACUUGAAGAUGCUUCGUGUGGUGGUUCGCGAAGAUUUCAGUAAGUCGAGAUGUGAUCAAUUGCUUGAGGAUAUCAAACUCUGUGUUGGUGUCUUGGAUGCCAUGGAUCGCGAGGAUAUCAAGAAGCAUAAUUUGUUCAUUUGGAAACAUGCUGUGAAUACGGCCAAGGGGAUGAAGAAUCAUGGGAUGCAGCAUUAUAAGGAUGAGAAGCAUAGUUUGCAGGGGAAGGAGGGGAAGACUCAUGCUCCUUGUUAAAAGGGUGUCGUGGAGAUGUGUGUAGGGCAUAUUCUUUUGGUUUUUUUUCUUCGGGCGGGGCAGGGGAACUGGGGAUGAAAUGGAAAUGAAUAUGCAAGCCACGAAAAAGUAACAUUAUGAUGAUGAUAGUCAUCAAUAUUAAAUGGAUGAUAUUUCUUAUUCCCAAG